ACAAACAUUUCCGUACAGCACGGACACUCUCAAACUAUCCGUCCUGUGUUAGGGCACCUACAGGGACACUAGCAACUGAGAAAAAGAGAGAGAGAGAUGGCACAAACCGACAGCCAAAGUUCAACUUUCCCCGAGAUUGUGGAGCUAAACGUGGGUGGGCAGGUGUAUGUGACCCGACUCGAAACUCUCACGGCGGCACCCAACUCGCUCCUGUGGACCAAGUUCACCCAGAGCUCCCCGGGCGACCUGCCGAAAGACGGAAAGGGCCGCUUCUUCUUCGACCGGGACGGCUUUCUGUUCCGCUACAUUUUGGAUUAUUUGCGGGACUCCGAGCUCUUCCUGCCCGAGUAUUUCAAAGAGAGGAGGAGGCUGCAGAAAGAAGCGGACUUCUUCCGACUGCCGGAGCUGUCGAGGCGCCUGUCGACGGUCAGCAAAGACGGCUCGUACACGGAGGACAGCGGGGAGCCGGAGGACGCCGAGCUCACCAGCCCGGUCACCUCCUCCUCCUCCUCGGACAGGACCCUGCGCUCUCCCGGGGCCAACGCCGGCUACAUCACCAUCGGGUACAGAGGCAGUUACACCAUCGGGAGGGACAUCCAGGCGGACGCGAAAUUCCGCAGGGUCGCCAGAAUCACCGUGUGCAGCAAAAUCUCUCUGGCCAAAGAGGUCUUCGGGGAAACCUUGAACGAGAGCCGCGACCCGGACCGCCCGCCCGACAAAUACACCGCCCGGUAUUACCUGAAGUAUAACUUUCUGGAGCAGGCGUUUGACCGGCUGGCCGAGGCUGGUUUCCACAUGGUGGCCUGCAACUCCACCGGGACCUGCUCAUACGGUAGCAAUGACCCGGGGGAGGACAAACUGUGGACCAGUUACACCGAGUAUGUUUUCUCCCGAUGAACGAGCUGAAAACUGCUCUCUGGGUGCAAGAGUGCAUUCAUGCAUACGACGUAUUAACCACCACUUGGAGCGCGCCUCUGCUCCAUUAGUGCUUACAUUUGAUGAACUCUCUAAACGGGCAGUUCAGCCGUGUCUAGUUUCAGUGUCUUGUGUUUGUCGUCACUCUCACGCUCUGUGCAGUGGGAUCAGCCAGAGUUGACAUUUUUUCUGCCAUUUUCUCCUCAGUCCUCCAAAGCGGAAGACUUCCUCCUAACCCAAACAUGAAUGUCAUUGGUUAGUAAGGUUUGAAGACGCAUGGCUUCUUUUUAUGUCACUGAGUCCUUAGCUCUGUUAUUUGUGUGGCCUUGUGAUUCUUUAUAGCUUUUACAGAGACUGCUUUGUUCUUGAUUAAAUGAGUGGUUACUCUCAGAAAUGUUAGGCUCUGGUUUUCUUUUGAUCCUUACCGAGCUGUGCUUGCAUCACGUUAUUGUGGAGAGGCUACUGGUGAUCCGAACACUAACUAUAGGACACUGUAAAUACUGUUCAAAUAGCCUCUUAAGUCUUUAAUUUUGGGGAUUGAUUGAUAAGUAAGACAUUAAGCUUCUUCGGUAUGAUCAUUUUAUAUUUUUAAAUUGACUUUUUUGUUGCUUAAUUUGAUUAUAUCAACUACGGUAUCACUGCUUUCAAGAUUACACAUUGGGACGUCACAAUGUUUCAUUGUUAUGUGCCAUUUAUGAGCUUAUGUCAUUGUUUGCUCUUUAGAUAUGAAGCCACAGCAAAUGAAGUGAGACAUUGUAACAUUAUACACCCCAUCGUCCCUGAGUUCACUGUGAAAAUAUAUUAAAGUUGUAUGUGUUAAUA